UCCGCUUGGUGGGGCUGAGAUCAGCUUGCCUCUUGACAUCUAGUGCCAAGUGCACGACAUACGGUCCUCUGUCAAGGGCAUACAGUACACGCGAAUGAUAGACGGCUUCUCUUCCGACUAGUCCUCUCCUGUUGGCAUUAUCCUUCAGAAGGCAAUGCUCCCCAUCUGCGGCCUCACAAGUUAGCACAGCGAACGCCAUUCCGGCCUUUCACGACCCCGCCCAAAUCGGAUCUUUGGCACGGCCACGAAUCAGAGAUAUGGCCCAGGAUGGCCCGGCAGUUGAGCGUGCUUGCGAUCUGUGUAGGGAGCGCCGCGUGAAGUGCGAUAAGCGGCACCCGUCUUGCCUCAGAUGCGAGAAGUUGGGCAAGCCAUGUCCGGGAUACGACAAGAAGAGGAAAUUCGUCGACGAAGGCAUCACUCUUCGAAAAAAGUACCAGUCUGCGACCCCCGAGGAUGCCCAUUUCCGCCCCCCGCUAUCCACUUAUUCCCCUGCUGUCUCCGCCAUCCACCCCUCCCCGCAAUCGCUCUCUGAUCCAGCAGUGGCUGGUCAACGAUUGGCCAGCAUCCCCGGCGAUGAUGCCUUCCUGUCUCGUAUCGCAGAUGGCGAGUCCAGCUUGGCCGAUGCAAAUCGUGCCAUUGACGAUCUCUUCAACGAUCCCUCCAUUGACCCUGCGUGGUUCGAUAUCGAUCCCGCCGACUACUACGACGCAGGGUCGGGCAAUUCAUGUGGCUUUCUUGCAGACUUUCCCAGCAUUGUCAGUGAGCUCGACAGAGAUACCGUCCUACCGACCACCGAAACGAUCGCUGGGCUCGGCGAUGAGGCAGACAUAGCAAGCAUUAUUCCGAGUGAUACCCCGUGGGAAGCGCAAUUGCACACGAGCGCCAUUAUUGUCGAUGCGAGUGAGCAUGAGACUGCAUAUCUCACUCGUCAUUUCAUCGAGACUAUCGGACCAUGGAUGGAUCUAUUCGACAGGGACGAGCAUUUCGGCAGUAUGGUGCCUUUAAAAGCCCUGCAGGACGCGCUUCUGCGGAAUGCCAUUGCAGCCGUGUCGGCCAAGCAGCUCGGGCGAGUGAAGAGUCUCAAGCUAUACCUUGGCAACCAGUGUCAGAAGCCGGCGAUGAUGGAGGUUCUCGAUGAGGCGGAUUGGUAUUACAAGGCCGCCAAUUACUACGACAAAGCCAUUGCAGUUUCACGAACGUAUCUGCAGGCCCUCUCGGAGAGCGUCGACGACCCAUCGACACUGGACUCUCAGUCAUCAGCAGGGCUAGCGAGAGCAGAUGACCUGUUGGUGGCCGUCUCCAUCUUCUCACUCUACGAAUGGCUGGACAGCCUACAACUGGACUGGCUGCAGCAUCUUUCUGGACUCAAGACUUUGCUGCACACUCUACCGGAGGUGCACGAGACUGCAACCCAAAUCACCACAAUCUCCGCCGGCCGGAAAGCAUCUUUCUGGAACUUCACCCGCGCCGACUACCACGCCUCCUACAUCAACAACCAGAACACCUUUCUCGACACCGAAUCUCAUCACCUCUGGACAUCUGUUGGACUCCAGAUCCAACCUAACGGCUCCCUAUACAACGAUGCUGCCAAAGUCAAGGAAAAUCAAUACCCUUGCCGUCAAGUCUCCGAACUUGUGGCCCACACGUUGCUUUGGAUUGUCCUACGCGUCAUGAACUACCUUGCAAGCGGCCACAACCUGAAUCUCGCCUCUCGACAAGAGCGAUGGCUUGAAUUGACCAAACAGCUCGACGAGUGGCACGACAGUCUGCCCCAGACCUUUCAGCCGUGCGCACAGAUCCGCUAUUCCAUGAAACCUCCGCGCACCUCCACCGCCAUUGGCACCUCCGCUCCAUCCUCCUCGCCGUCAAGCGGCCUCACGGAAGUCUUCUUCUCCAUGAACGUCUGCGCCGCAGCUCUACAGCUCUACCACUUCGCGCGCAUCUUGCUACUUCGCAACCCCGCCGAUUCUCGUCCUGUAGAUGCAGCAACGACCAUCAAACAUGCACAUCAAAUCGUCGGCAUCGCGCUCGGCCGCCCGCACCACGCGGUACGGGUGGAAAUGCUCCUGCCGCUCUAUGUAGCAGGGGUGUGCUUGGAGGUGCAGGAGGAGCGUGCGGUAAUACUCGAGCUGUUGAGGGCUAUUGAGAAAGACACGGGUUGCUCGACCGCAUCGCAAUGUCUGGAGUUGAUGAACGAGUGGGGGUGGAAUUGGCAAGAUACGAACGUGACGGUAUAACUCGUCGUGUUGGUCUGAUACAGCAU